UACAAACAUUGUCAGACUUGAUUUGGAAUAAGAUUACGAUGUUAAUGUUACAGUGUUAGAAAAAAAUUGAAAUUUCGUGGACAGUCGAACAGUAAUUUUCAGGAGUGACAUAUCAGGAAAGCGAAGAAUCCUCAACCUAUUUGAAUUUUCGAUGCAAUUCGGAAUAUUCAGGACCGAAUAACGAUACGUUUUCAUUCAAUUGAAAAUUCAGGAAUCCAUUUUCUGGACUUUUCGGAAUUUUUACCAACUUUUGGGCAAUAAUUGGACUGAAAUUUACAGUUCUCAUUGAUUUUUCCCUGAAAUUCUGGAUUUACAAUGACGAAACUCCCCGAAAUUUUAGUGGAACUAAAAUGUGCUAAAAAUUUCCAAAUAGUGAACCGGAAAUUUCAGCCGAAAACAUUGAACAGUGUACAUUAGAAUUGAUUUAUACACCAAAAAUAAAUUCUUCGAUUUUUUAAUAUUUCGUCAAACAAUUUGAAUACUCAAAAUGGAGUAUCUACUUACGAUGAGUGGGACCUUAAUGAAAGACCUGAUGCAUUUAUUUCUAUUACCUGGACUCAUUCUCGGAACAUUGUACUUGUACUUAACAGCGACAUUUGAUUUCUGGUUGAAAUUGAACGUUCCGUUCAAAAAACCUACGAUUCUCUUCGGCAAUUUUCGCGACCUGCUGCUCUUUCGGAAGUCUCAGGCGGAAGGCGUCAAGGAAAUGUACAAUUGGUUCCCAGACUCUCGAUUCUUCGGAGUGUUCAGAGUGAGAUCUCCGAUUUUGAUUCUGCGAGAUCCGGAGUUGAUAAAAGCAAUUAACGUAAAAGAUUUUUCAUGUUUUACUAAUCGAGGAAUUCCAGUGAAUUCUCAGGACCCCCUAUCAGCGCAUUUAUUUAAUCUCGAGGGGAAGAAGUGGAAGGGGUUGAGAUCGAAAUUGACGCCGCUGUUUUCCUCCUGCAAGAUUAAGCGAAUGUUCUAUCUGCUUGUUGAGUGUCACGAGAAAUUUGAAAAAUUAAUUGACGCUUCGAGAGGUGUCGUCGAGGUGCGUGGAUUGGCUGCCAAGUUCAGUAUAGACGUCAUCGGCAGCUGUGCCUUCGGCAUACAGAUGAACGCAUUGACGAAUGAGGAAUCGGAGUUCCAUAAGGCGGCGAUAAAACUCUCGAGGCCGAGUUACAAGAGCACCCUGUGGAGGAUGCUCAGGACCUCCAUGCCGAGGUUUUACAAACUCCUGGGGGUUCAGGUGAUCAAUCCCGAGGUGACUGUGUUCUUCAAAGAAGUCGUCUCGCAGAUGAUCAAGCAGAGGGAAGAGGAGGGGGGAAAGAGACAUGAUUUUAUGGAUCUGCUGGUUGAGCUGAAGAAUAAAGGGUUUUUGGAGGGUGAUUAUGGAAAUGGAGGGGAAAUUGGGGGAGAGAAAGUUGAAAGGGCUGAAGACAUUGUUCUGGACGAGAAUAUUAUUGCGGCACAGGCGUUCGUGUUCUUCGUCGCUGGGCACGAGACGUCUUCCACCACAAUAGCCUUUUGUUUAUACGAGUUGGCGCUGAAUCCAGAGAUUCAAACGAAAGUUAGAGAAGAAAUCCUCGAUGCUAUUGUGGGCACAGAUGGGAAAUUGACGUACGAAGCCGUGCAAGACAUCAAGUAUCUCGAUAAAGUCCUUCUAGAAACCCUGAGGAAGUAUCCCUUAGCUCCACUCCUCUCCAGAAGGUGUGAAUAUCCUUACAAAAUUCCGGAAACAGAUGUGGAGUUACCAGCGGGUAUGCGAGUAGUUAUCCCCGUUUACGCAAUUCAUCACGAUCCUCAGUAUUAUCCAUCACCAGACACAUUCGAUCCCGAGAGAUUCAACGACGAGAAUAAAGCGAAGAGACACACUCACACGUUUUUAUCCUUUGGUGAGGGUCCUCGAGGUUGCCUUGGAAUGAAGUUUGCCCUGCUGCAGACGAAGAUCGGUGUAAUUUCGUUUUUACUGCACCACAAAAUAGAAAUUAACGAUAAGACCGCAGUGCCAAUUAAGUUCAGCCGCAGAAAUCUCGUCACGACAAGCGAAACUGGUUUCUGGCUGACACUAAGCUCCCUAGAGUAAUACCUGUUUGUACCCCCGAAGUCGAUUAAGAAACUAUCAAUUUUGUGAAAUCGAAUAAAAAAUCUCUUUAUUGACCAUUACCAUAA